AUGUCCUCUCUUUACACACAAUACCACCCCUCCCAGUUGCUGGACGAGUCUCUGAAGGGCCGGAUGCAUGACCCCCGCAACAACUCUGCCAGCAAUCUUCAACAGCAAUUCCAUCCCAACACACCUGCUGAGUCUCACCAUCUCUCACCCUUCUCGUCAACCACUCAGACCCAAAGCAGCUCGGCUUCGCCUGCCUUCAACGGGGCAACUCCAGACGAGUCGGACUCAACACUUAGUCUCCACUAUCAGUCCAGUGACAUCGGCGACGACGAUCCCUUUUUCGGCGUAGACUUCAGCAACGCCGACGUCGGUACGCCCUCAUUCCUGAGCAACGAACACUCGCCAGCAGACUAUGCUGGCGAUCCAUUCUCUCAAUCAGAUGUCCCGCAGAACCCCGCCAAUGUUGAUGCCCAGACUUAUCCUCUGAGCCCCAGCCAGACUGCUUCCAUCCAUACUUCGUCGCCGCCAACUGAAGGCAAAGAUUCGAGGGGCACGUUUCCGAACGUUCUUCCUCAGUCUAUCUCCCCUCAAGAAUUGACAAAGGCCCCAAAGCAAGACUGCAUACCGCUCAAGCUACAGACUACCUCUAUCACACCCGAUACGUCUGGAAGCAAUCCAUCAAGUGACGAGGGUCUCGUGCCGCCGGCCUCGGCCGCAGCUAUGCGGAGCCCUCGCCUUACAGUGUCGAUGUGGGGGGAUGCUGCUGGGCCUAUCGAGGAAAUCGCUCCCGCCUUUCACUCGGAUGGUGGCAGCCCGACCACUGUUCGAGCUGGUUAUAGCCUCGACAACAGUACAGUCCCUUCAGAUGUUCAGGGCUAUGCACAGGGCCACGCUGCCCGAGAUGCAGACGGCCAGUGGAAGCGGCAUGCAGCCAGUGGCCCUCGAGGGCUUGAUCCGGCCAGUCGUCCCACAAGAGAGGUGGCCAGCGCCAAUGAACUAGAUGCAAAUCGCAAAUCUCAAGAGCGAAACCAGGACGUCACCGAUUGGCUAUCCCGCUCUGAGGAAGCAGAAAUGCCCCAAGAUGAAAGCUUUGUGCAAAGUGAAGGGCAGCCUAAGGCCGAAGGCGUCCCUGACCGGGAAAUUGCAACGGGCGACCAGACUGAAAAUGUGCCUCAGCCAGGACGGACUUACUAUCUUGAGCAAGGCGGUCAACUGACUGAGGAGGAUAUGGAGAUCAUGCGUGGAGCCUGCAGUUGGACUGAUUCACCGACUCUGUUCCACAUCCAACGCCCGGACACGGCUCGUCGCCAGCCGCAGACUGCUGCCGAGGCAAUGAGAAGAUUUGAGAAGAUGUGCCGUGAUAACGACUCUAUCUUGUCAAGAGCUGCAACAUGGGGCACUCGGCGUCGCAGCCUUCCAAGUAUCCCUGAUUAUGAAGGGAUCACGAGCGGUAACUUUCUCAAGAAGCUGUCCAUCAGUCGUAAUGACGCACCGCGGCGACCAAGCGUCUUGCAGGGGAUACGUUCUCUUAUGCGCAAGCCAAGCGUCAGUCAGUUGCGCAAGCGUCGAGCAGGUGUCGAGGAGGAUGAGAGCUCCAGCGGUCCCGACUCGGCUGGCGAGCGUCGUGAAAGCAAAGACAGCCUCGCCCCUCCAGGUCACACCACGAGCUGGAGCAAGAAGCAACAACCGCCGAGUAUCAAUACGGCAUUGUUGUCCAUGAGCCAGCAAGUGGCAUCCAUUGGCACGACACACGCACGCAAUGGGUCGAUCAGUACUACUCCGCCGGUGACUUCUCCUCCAGUCACAUCUCCAAAGAGCCCGUUCUUGAGAGUUGCAAACAUCCGGCGCCCGCGAAGCAAGUCGGAUCUACCCACCAGUCAUUCCAACCUGGUUGACAUGUGGAAGAAAUCAGGCGGGCCUCCAGUUGCUCAAUUGGCAAAGACAAGCACUAUGCCUGAGGUAGACGAUGACGAUGAUGAGGAUGAGGAUGGCUUUGAUGAUUCAGAGAUGAAGUCUGAGUCUAUCGAGCUGAUUGACGAUAUCACCCCAAACCUGGAAGGGUUCCGCCAACACAUUCUUAAGUGCAACCCAAGGCUCAAGGACAUGAACAAAUUUCUCGUGGAGCGAAUCAUGUACCAACAGCAGCAGCGGUAUAAGCUCUUGUGCGGGGCCCGUGUCAAGCAUCUUGGGCAUGUUCAGAACAAGACCUGCCCCUGUGGUCCCUCCUUGUGCAUCGACCUGGGAGGCUCUGCUAAUCGGCUUGUCAAUAAGAACGAGACUCGCGGCAUCGAUCCAUUGGAUGGCUCUGAUGACGACAACUCUCCGCUGGAUGGCGCUAUUGCUCAAGAGAGCUUCCCAGCAAACAUCCCCAUGCCGCCGACCGCGGCGCUGCCUGCUGAAUUCGAGUGCCAACUGUGCUUCCAAGCAAAGAAGUUCCAGAAGCCGUCGGACUGGACCAAGCACGUCCACGAAGACGUGCAGCCUUUCACUUGCACCUGGGAGAAGUGCCGAGAAAAUAAGAUCUUCAAGCGCAAGGCCGACUGGGUGCGCCACGAGAACGAAGGGCAUCGGCAUCUCGAAUGGUGGACUUGUGACGUUGAGGACUGUCGGCAUGUCUGCUACCGACGCGACAAUUUCCUCCAGCACCUCGUCCGUGAGCACAAGUUCCCGGAGCCCAAGGUCAAGACGAAGGCAGCGAUCAAGCGUGCUGGCGGGAAUGACCCAACCUGGAUCAAGGUUGAGAGUUGCCACCAGGAGACCAGGACGUUGCCCCAGGAAGAGGCCUGCCGCUUCUGUGGCAGUACCUUUACUACCUGGAAGAAGUUGACUGUGCAUCUGGCCAAGCACAUGGAACAGCUCAGCCUGCCAAUACUCCGGCUUGUCUCCCGUAAGGAGCUUGAUGCAGACACCCUCAUCAGCCCAGUCCAGGAACCGCCACCACGCAACUUCAUGGUGACUCCCGUCAAGACGGAGCCGCCUCCUUUCCCAAGCACCAGUCCUUCGGCGUUCGCCCAACCAAUCAACAAUGCCAUGCACCAACCCUACCACGGCGCGCCCAACGCCAAUUACAUGUUUCCUGUGCAACAGCCGAUCGCCUAUACCCAGCCCUUCUACCCUAACCAAUUCGAUGGUCUCCCGCAUACUAUGCCGAACAUCGACACAUCUAUGGGCGCUGGCCACCCUGUGAACCCGGGCUUCCCCGAUCAGCAAGCCUUCGCUGGCAUGACGGGUAUCCCAGUUACCACUGGUUCCUACAUGGGCGGUGAUGCCUCGCGCUAUAUGCCCAUGGCACCCAAUGUUGAACCAUUCCCGGAGAUGCCCAUGAACAACGCCCUUGGGCUCCAGAAUCCGUCUCACCAGAUGCAAUACAACAACAUGAUGGAUCCGGGCGGUGCUGGUUUGGACCAGCACUAUAUGGCUCAGACCGGCUCAACCUCCCCUUUCUCUCAUCAUUCUCACUCUCCCCAUCAAGGUCAAGGCGGUUCGCAAUUCUACUCACAAUAA